UGCUGCCCCCCCUGUCAGCUCGGGGUGGAGAGUUACCAGGGCCACAGUCAGUCCAUGUGCUCCAGCUUUCUGAAGUUUAAAGGCCGAUUCCUGUCCGUGUUUGCUUCUGAAGAACAGGCUACAGUGUAACGCGGGCGCUUCAAGCCCCAGGCUCAGGAUCUGAUCCGGAUUUCUCCAGCUGCCGGAUUUCUCGGCUCUUGUGUGGCGCCCAACGAUGAAGGAGGACAGCCAGCGACUGCUGGUGCAGUUCAAGGAUGAGGGCGGGGAAAUUUUGGGCACCCCUUUUGAUGUCCCGGUUGACAUUACACCUGACAAAUUGCAGCUUGUGUGCAAUGUUCUGUUACCUAAGGAUGAUCCCUUGCCUUUGGCCUUCUAUGUGAAUGAGACGGAAAUUGUCACCUCACUGGAGAAGACACUGCAAGAACAAAAGGUGGAAACGGAAAAUGUUAUCGACAUUAUUUACCAACCACAGGCAGUGUUUCGGGUUCGGGCUGUCACGCGUUGUACCAGCUCACUGGAAGGACACACUGAGGCUGUCAUUUCUGUGGCCUUCAGUCCCACUGGAAGGUACCUAGCAAGUGGAUCAGGGGACACCACAGUGCGGUUCUGGGAUCUGUCGACAGAAACCCCUCACUUUACAGCUAAAGGUCACAGGCACUGGGUGCUAAGCAUAGCCUGGUCUCCGGAUGGGAAAAAGCUGGCUUCGGGGUGCAAAAAUAGUCAGAUAUUCCUGUGGGACCCCAGCACAGGCAAGCAAAUCGGAAAGGUUCUGACAGGGCACUCUAAGUGGAUUACGUAUCUCUGCUGGGAACCGCUACAUAUAAAUCCACAGUGUCGUUACCUGACCAGCGCAUCCAAGGAUGGCAGUAUCCGGAUAUGGGACACGGUGCUGGGCCGUUGCGAUAAAAUCCUGACAGGGCACACACAGUCAGUAACCUGUGUGAAAUGGGGUGGUGACGGCCUCAUCUUUUCCUCGUCGCAGGACAGGACUAUAAAAGUCUGGAGGGCCCAAGACGGGGUCAUGUGUCGAACUCUCCAGGGUCAUGCACACUGGGUAAAUACAAUGGCACUCAGCACAGACUACGUACUGCGAACUGGAGCUUUCGAACCAGCUGAAGCCACGAUUGUUCCCCAGGACAGGAAUGAUUCUUUGGAGGAAUUGAAGCAAAAAGCUUUGCAGAGAUAUGAGCAAACCAGGGGUCAGGGGCAGGAGAGGCUGGUUUCGGGGUCAGACGACUUCACACUUUUCCUCUGGACACCCGCGGAGGAUAAGAAGCCCCUGGCGCGACUGACGGGCCACCAAGCUCUGAUAAAUGAAGUCUGCUUCUCUCCCGACACUCGGCUCAUCGCCAGCGCCUCGUUCGACAAAUCAGUGAAACUGUGGGACGGCAGGACUGGCAAAUAUUUGGCUUCUCUCCGAGGUCACGUGUCAGCGGUGUACCAGAUUGCAUGGUCAGCGGACAGUCGACUGCUGGUGAGUGGCAGCAGUGACAGCACGUUGAAGGUGUGGGAUGUGAAGACACGGAAGUUGUCUGUUGACCUUCCUGGUCAUGCUGAUGAGGUUUACGCUGUUGAUUGGAGUCCUGACGGACAAAGAGUCGCAAGUGGUGGAAAAGACAAAGUUUUGAGAAUCUGGAGGUGGUGAUGGCGCAGAACCGUUUUGAAGAGACCCCCGAUUUUGUUUUCCCCUGGAAUUCACCUUAACGCACUGUGUCUAGCGGUACGUCCUCCACCACAGGAAGCGUACAUCUUUUCAGCAAAGGAUAGAGGUCACUGGUGUACCAUGACUAAACAAACCAAAGUCUUCCUAAUUGUAUGAGACACGGAGUUUUAUCAGUGUAUUUAGGAGUCCGAAUUCCAUAGUUUUAUCCAUUUCUUCUUCCCCCCCGACCCCACAACAACACCACCCCCGCCAAAGGAGUUCUUGCAUGUAGUGUGUGAAGUUUCUUGUAGUCCUGCUGUGUGAGAGCCCCAUUCAUUAUCCCAUUGUGAUAAUCAGCCAGAAACAUUUGUAUGUAUAAGAGGUGACAAAAAAACCGCACAGCCGGCAGGAUUGUGUUUGUCAGUAUUUCAGCAUUUUAAUAAAGACCAUUGUAAGCGUUA